CACGAAUUUAUUAUAUUCAUCGAUUCAUUACACACGCUAACGCCUCCACAUUUCCGAAUACAGAAUCGCUAUGGCUACGAAGAAGUUCAUCAACAGUGUUGACAGGUGUGUUGAUGAAUGUCUUGCUGGAGUUGUCGCAGUGAAUCCAGGACUGCAGAUCCUUGAGGGCCACCGCGUCAUCAUCAGGGCUGACAUUGAUCAAGUCAAAGCUGCUGGAAAGGUGACCAUUCUGUGUGGAGGAGGAUCAGGCCAUGAACCUGCUCAUGCAGGGUAUAUUGGACCAGGGAUGUUGAGUGGUGCCAUUGCUGGAGCGGUAUUUACUUCACCUCCACCUAACAGUAUUCUUGCUGCUAUAAGAGCAGUUGGAAAAGGAAAUUCUGCAGGAACACUUUUACUCAUCAAAAACUACACAGGAGACAGGCUUAACUUUGGUAUUGCUGCGGAGAGGGCCAAAGCGGAGGGAAUCAAUGUGGAGAUGGUGGUGGUUAGUGAAGACACUGCUCUGACAUCCAAUGACAAAACUGCUGGCAGGCGAGGACUCUGUGGUACCAUUCUCAUUGAAAAGAUUACUGGUGCUCUUGCCGAUGAAGGGAAAUCAUUGGAAGAGAUUGUUGAAGUCGCAAACCAAGCAGUUAGCAGGAUGGGUACCAUUGGUAUAAGUGCUUCACCAUGCAGUGUACCAGGAUCAGGCCCAUCCUUCCAGUUGGGUCAGGAUGAAAUGGAAUUGGGUUUAGGCAUUCACGGUGAAGCUGGUGUAAGAAGAAUGAAGAUUUCAUCGGCUAAAGAGACACUGAAGACUAUGUUUGACCAUCUCUCAAGCGAGGCCAGCAGUACACAUCUUCCAAUUAAGUCAGGAGACCACGUUGCCUUGAUGGUGAACAAUCUUGGCGGUACAUCAGUACUAGAAUUAAACAUUAUGGCGAAAGAGGCAAUUGAUUAUUUAGAAAGCAAACAUGUAAAGGUUGAUCGGGUGUACUGUGGUACAUUCAUGACAUCGCUAGAGAUGGCAGGAGCCACAAUGACACUUUUGCACAUUGAUGAUCAAUUGAAAAGGUGCUUAGAUGCUUCAACAUCUGCCCCGGCUUGGUCCAAGCCACUCCUCCAACCCGGUACUACAGACAGAGUUACUCCAAAACAGAUGGCAGCAGUUUGUGGUACUUCUUCUGAUAAAGGAACUGACGUUGGGUCGAAGGUUGAUGCAGGUUUUGGCCAAAAGAUUUACAAGUGUAUCAAGUCCGUGUGUGAUGUCUUGAUCCAGUCCGAGAACAAAUUGAAUAAACUAGACACAGAAGGGGGCGAUGGUGAUUGUGGCACCACUCAUAGGAGGGGGGCUGAAGCUAUCCUAAAGAGUCUCAAGUCCGCAGGCUUAAACGUAACAUGUCCAUAUCAGCUAGUAUUAUCCCUGGCUCAUAUAGUGGAACAGGAGAUGGGAGGGUCCUCUGGUGCUCUCUACAGUUUGUUCUUGUCAGCAGCAGCCUUGCCUCUAAUGCAGGACACAUCAUCCAUGGCCUGGUUUGCUGCUCUGGAGAAAGGCAUCUCUGCAAUGGCAAGAUACGGUGGUGCUGACCCAGGUGACAGGACAAUGAUGGAUUCAUUCCAUGCUGCACAGAUGACUCUGAAAGAAAACAUGUCCAAAGUGGAACCGCUGAUGGCACUAGAACUGGCUGUGAAGGCGACAGAAGAGGCAGCAGAGUCAACUGCUACGAUGCCAGCUCGAGCUGGCCGGGCAAGUUAUGUCAGUGCUGAUAGGCUGAGUCAACCAGACCCUGGUGCCGUGGCUGUUGCAAUGUGGUUGAAAGCAAUUUAUCAGGCUUUGGUCUAGAUGUUUGACCUUGAGAGUUACAAUUAGGGCAUCUAUACUAUAAUGCGCGUUGUGGCCGCUAUUUAGGAGGCGAUUUUUGUUUCAAAAUUGGGCUUUGGAAAUGCGUCGAAUUCUUGCAACCUUUGGCUUCGUAGGUCUGGAUCAUAUGUAAGAGUGUCACUGAGGGUGUCAUACGUCGAAUAUCUUCGUGGUUUUAGAAUAAAUAACAACUUUUCAGAGAGCACGUCGACUGGAGAGCUCCGCUCAUUCUCAAAAGCAUACACAAACUUCACGCAUAUUCUCCCUGCCACAUCAGUAUUAAGAUCCAGCACGUAUGUAGUGCUAUACAACCUGGUCCAUGGUGCAGGGUAUUAGCAGGGAGAUUAAUGAUUAGCCUGUUCUAUUUUAGUUCUAUUCGAGAAACACUGACCUGAGUGAUAAGGCAAAUUCUGGAGAGUGGCCUACCGGAACAUGCAGUCAGGGUAUCAGUAAACAGUUAUGCCAGGAUGGACAAAAUAUGUACAGUGGCCAGCGCUUGCUCUUUGUUUUAUUCUUUACUGACUGAUGUUGUCAGUUUGAAUUGCGUUCUGCAUCUCUCCAUGCGCCUGGCUUUGGUCCGACAGUGGCAUUGGGUACGGGAGUGGGUAGGUGAUAUGCCUAAUAUGUGAGGGCCUUAUUUGGAACAGGACCUGCUGUCACUGGUCUCAAUGCAUUGUGCAAAAUAGCGUACUCCAAUCAAUCUAUUGGGGGUUGCAUGAAGAUAGCAGCAAUAAGUCCCUAAAUGCAGUUAAUUUCGUGUUUAACUUUUAAUAAAACUUCAGUAACGUUAGAAAUUUAAUGUAGCUCAAUCAUCGUGCCCAUUUAACUAAUGUAUAUUACAUUUCAACUUUGCCCGCUCCAUGGGUAUAUGCUAGUAAUAAUCAAUGACGUCAGCUGGAGAAAAAAUGCCGGUGGCGGUGGCGGUGGCGGUGGCGGUGGAAGAACUCCCCGCUCUCCUUCAAGUUGGGGCCGAAUGCUCAUCCUUCCCCGCCUUCCAAACAGCUCUCUUUCGGUCCGCGUGCCUGUACAUUGUAUACACAGCAUGCUGUGUAUUCACGAGAAAACGUUGCUAGGAUUCACAGCAGGUAGCAUAAAAUCGGAGGCGGGGCUUUAUAAUCAACAGUAAUUUUGCUGUUGCAUACACAGCAUGCUUUGUACAUAUCCUCUUCCAUAUAUUUAUUAGAAAACAAAACUUUC